GUUAAAAUAUUUUAAAAUAUUCGUUACAUAAAAGAAAAAAUGUAUAGAUGCUUUUUAAUUAAAAAACUAGAAGCAGAACAAAAAUUAGCAUGUGACCUCGAUUGAACUCUGGUCCACACAAAGCUAAAAAAAAAUGAGUAGAUAUAAUUAUAAAAAAAAUUUUAGUCAAAUGUAAAAUAUUCAUUUUAAAAACUAAAGUACUUAAUUUAGUUUUUAUUUUAAGUCGUGUAAAAAGUUUAGUUGAAAAGUUUUAUUUCGCGAUGGGCACAAGCGGGGGCUUCAAAAGUGAAGAUAGCAAAACACUUGUCAAUCACAAUGCACAUUCUUCCGGCGCUAGUAACGUUAGUGUAGAACUGUGCCUUGUGUGUGGUGAUCGAGCGUCAGGUCGGCAUUAUGGAGCAAUUAGCUGUGAAGGCUGCAAAGGAUUUUUUAAACGUUCCAUACGUAAGCAGUUGGGAUACCAAUGUCGAGGCGCCAUGAACUGUGAAGUAACUAAGCAUCAUCGAAAUCGUUGCCAGUUCUGUCGUUUGCAGAAAUGUUUGGCCAGCGGCAUGCGAAGUGAUUCUGUUCAACAUGAGCGCAAGCCAAUAGUUGACAAAAAAGAUAUACUAAACAACACAAACUUAAGUGCUACGGGUUCCACUACUGCAGCGAAUGCUGGAAAUUUACUGUCAGUCGGAAAAUCUAAAAGUCCAGUGUAUCAACAACAACUAUUAAAGCAACCUGUUUUUAAUCAUAAUCUGAACACCACAUCGACAGUGACUUCAUCUAGUGUCACAGCAGCUGCCGUAGCCGCUGCGGCUCUAUCCCUGGAUAAUAACAUAUCGAACGCUAACGUUUUUCCAAUGGGUUUAAAUUUAGCUGAACUAAGACAAACUUUAAUGUUAGCAAGCCAACAACAGCAACAGCUUUCAACUCAACCAAACCCAGCUCUUUUCUUUCCCACAGAAUUUGCCAAAGCCAGUGAUGAUGAGGACUCUAUUGAUAAUAGUAGCACUUUAUGCUUACAAAAUCUUUCAACUACUACAAACAAUAAUAAUUCCCAAAAUCACAAUUUCAAUGUUGAAAACUCACCAAAUCCCACUACUUCGAUUGGCUUUCUGCAGUCGUCAUUGGAUAGACGCGCUAUUAAUAAAGCCUUACAACUACUGAUUCCUGUGCAACAGCAUUUAGAGCGUAUUGCAGCAUCGAAUAGUGGUUUAAAUACAUAUAAUAUUAAGAAAGAAAUGGAAGACUUCGAAAUGAGUGACGGUAACACCGCUGGCGAUGGUUCUGACGAACAAAACGAAAUGGAUGAUUGCUCUACUGAUCGCUUUGAAUUUAUUAUUAAUGAAAAUAUAUUUGAAAAUGGUUUGUUAAGUGGCACACAGAUCUAUUUUAAUUUGCAGGCUCCGGCCUUAGUGUCAUCGUACUUAAGCAUGCAUUACGUUUGUGAGACUGGUUCACGUAUUAUAUUUCUUAGUGUGUAUUGGCUGCGUAAAAUUGCUGCAUUCCAACAAUUGGAUGAAGAAACACAAGCUAAGCUUUUGCGUAGCGCGUGGCCCGGACUUUUAGCAAUUGCAAUUGCACAGUCGACUAAUUUAUCUGUACCAACUAUUGUGUCUACAUUUAUUAGUAACAUAAGACAGCUAUCGAAUAUUGAUAAAAUAGAACCACAAAAAAUUCGCAAACAUAGUGAACAUGCCACGAAUUUAUAUGUCUUUAUACAGGAGAUGCAAACAAGCGAAGUGAGCCACAUAGAAUAUGCUUUACUACGUUUGGUGUACACAUUCAAUCCAUUUCUGAUUAUCGACCCAAAAGAACGAAAUUUACAAACUUAUAUAAAACGUGUACAAAUGUACGCUCUAACAACUCUGCGCAAUCACAUUGCAACCUACAAAACAGCUGCGGAAGUUGAAGAGCGUUUCAAUGAACUUGUUAUGAAUUUACUACCGUUGCGUGCCUUGGAAACGGAAACAAUUGAGGAGCUUUUCUUCGCCAAUUUGGUGGGACAAGUGCAAAUAGAUAGUAUGAUACCAUUAAUUUUGACGCUUAGCGCAAAUUAUGGUGUUUAGAACGUUACAACCCUAACCAGUGUAGCUAUUCUAACAUACCAAACCCAACGGAAAUAUCGUUCAAUGGGAUUUUUUAAAAGAAGCAGAAAUAUAUAAAUUUAUAUAUAAAGACAAUAUCAAGCAUAGACUGAACUCGUAUAGAGGAAGCUUUAACUUGUCCAACGUUUACAAUUUUUUUUAUUUUAUUUUAUUAAACCUGUUGAAGCAACUUUCCUUCGUUUUUAUAAGAGUAUGUAUACAAAAUAUAUGGAAUAUAUUUAAAAUGCAAUUAGAUGUUAAGUAAGAUUUAAUCUUAA